AGACAAUGGUGGAAAGGUCGAGGCUUGCAGCGAGGCCACUACAGGGAAACCAGGGUUCGGGGGUGUUCAAGAUCAGCAAUGUUAAGAAAACAAACCACCGCUGUUAAAACUGGAGAAUAAUGCCUAUAAACUAAAAAAGAAAAAAAGGUCACAAGCUGAAUUUGUAAUUUGCCUAUGAUAGACGACACAUUUGACCAUAUCCGAUAACUCAGAACUUAAGAAAAUAUUAACACACCCGCGUUGCCUUUUAACAGCUGAACACAACCCUUUCCGGAAAUGUCAUAUUGGCGGGAAGUAGGCUAAACGCCGAGCACACCCGUCUUUUUAAAUGAAUGCUUCACUGUAAUCGAGACCUGAGUGCAAAGAUGCUGAUAUUGAGCUAAAGAGCCAUUUCAUGUAGUUACUUACAGUCCUGAGAUGUCGACUUCAUCUGUGUCAAAGGGAUGUUUUGUCUUCAAACCAAGUGCCAAGAAGAAGAAGAAGACGUCCAGUUUGGAGGAUUAUUUCACUGUUGGUUGUGAAGUUGCUGAGACCAGUGAGAUACGAUUCAGGCUUUGUCAGGAUCUGUGGGACAAAAUUAAAACAGACACAGAGGUUUUACAGGAUGAGCUCAACAGGAAAAUCUUGGACAGUUUGUUGGACUUCACUAGGAAGUGUUCUUCCACCCGUCAACAUGGCGACUGGACGUCACAGAUGAGGGCCAGUGAGAUUCCCACCGCAGCUCUUUUGUUAGGAGUGAACAUCCCAGAUCAUGACAUGACCUUCCAGAGUCUGUCUGACCUGCUCCAGCAGUCUGUCACUCCUCAUGUGGCCUCUGUACAGGCCAAAGAGUGUGCAGCACUGAAGUAUCUGAUGAAGAGGGUCCUGGAGAGGUUGAUGGGUACAGAUGUAACCAUGGAUGAUGAUGAUGAUGAUGAAGAGGAAGCGGCCAGCAUUCAGCUUCACAAGAGUGUGCACUGCUCCCUUGGUACACUCUGUGAUUGGUACAGUACAACAACUAAGAAAUCGAAAACCGGUACCCCUGGAAAAAAGCGUAGUAGUUCCGUAAGAGAUGAGCAGCAGCAGCAGCCUCCUGUUGUUAUUAUUUUUAAAGAUUUAGAGGCCUUCAAUCCGAGAGUUCUUCAAGACUUCAUACUUAUCUGCAGUCGGUAUAUUGAACGUCUUCCGCUAAUGUUCAUCUUUGGUAUCGCCACAUCACCCAGCACCAUCCAGCACAUGUUGCCUCACUCUGUGUCCUCCCUGCUGUGUAUAGAGCUCUUCCAGUCCCUUUCCUGCACACAGCACCUGGCCACAGUCAUAGACAAGUUCAUCCUGACUCAUCACUUCCCCUUUAAGCUCAGCAGUAAAGUGAUGCAGGUGCUGAUAAACAUCUUCUUGUACCAUGAUUUCACAGUGAAAAACUUCAUCAAAGGCAUGCAGCUGGCUCUGCUGGAGCACUUUCACUCCCAGCCUCUUAGUGUUCUGUGCUGUAAGAAGAGGGAGGCUUUGUAUAAUGUGAUGCGGCUGAGCCACCGCGACCUGGAGAGAAUAAGACAGCUGCCGUCAUUCAAGAGUUAUGUUGAGAAGCAGGACCCUCAGGAACAGGCUGAUCUGUUGAAGGAUGACACUCAUUUAAAGGACGUGUGUCAGAAGCUGAUAAAGGAUCUUCACAAAUAUCACAAGAACUAUUAUCCCAUCCUGAGGUGCCUCCACAGUCUGACCUCAUCUUUACCUCGAUACCCCCUCGGAAAACAGAUCAGGGAGCUCUAUUUAAUAUGCCUUGAGAAGAAUGUAUGGGAGAAUGAGGAUUACCAGUCAGCUAUGAAGCUUCUCAAGAUGCUGGCGAAAGAUGAGUUGAUUGCGUCACUCCAGAGGUGUGCAGAGAUUCUGAAGUGUGAGAAGAUGAAGAACGCGCUGGUCCAACUGGAGGAGCUGCUUGGUAAAUUUCAACAGCUGGACACAGCAACAGCUGCUGAAACUGCCCCAAGUGUGGAGGAGAGUUUCACCUCUCCUGUGAAAAACCUUCAAAAGAAAACUGAUCUCUUCCAGCUGCAGAAGACGCUACUGGAGAUGAACGAGUCUCGGAGAUCCAAGAAGCUGAGUCCGUUUGAGGUUCUACGAGAUGAAGCCCUUGAAUUUAUUGACAGCUUAGUGAAGAAUCACCUGUCUCUCCCUGAGUCUCAGACAUUGAAUGAAGUUUGCUACUACAGUUCGUCUGCCACAGUGAGACGCCACAUCAACGCUACACCUCGCACCUCCAUUCGGGCUGCUCUUAGCAGUCCCUAUUAUUAUCUUCAGAAUGACAGCCUAAAGGCUGAGGAUGGGUCAGUCUCUAAUGCUGCUCCUGAUAUCUGCAUUGCUUACAAGCUCCAUCUAGAGUGCGGCAGGCUGAUUAACCUGUUUGACUGGCUGGAGGCCUACACCACUGUGGUUUCUGCAGCCGAGGGUAACGAUCCAGAUUCUGAAAAUUUUGGCAAAGUGGAUGAAGUGAAACAUGCUCGUUUCAUCCGAGCUGUGUCUGAGCUUGAAUUUCUGGGAUUCAUUAAGUGCACUAAGCAGAAGACGGACCACGUGGCUCGGCUCACCUGGGGAGGCUGCUGACCCACCAGCCAGAAAGAAAGAUAGUCUGCUUUCAUUGUAAAACUAAACUAUUGUGACCUGGAUUUAUACUUCGCUGUAUUUUCCUCUCUAAUAAAAGAUGUGAUUAAUGCCUGA